AUGAGCAACCGCAGAAUCGUUGUAUCCAUAGAUUUUGGAACGACAUACUCAGGUGUCGCUUGGGCUGACACAACUCGGCCUGAUGUUCAGCAUGUCUUGACAGAAUGGCCCUCGGCCGGCUCUUCGAAGAGCAGUCCCAAAGUACCAACUGAGCUCCGGAGAGUAGCAACUGGGUGGCAGUGGGGAUUUCAGAUUCCCGAGUCUGCGAAGAGGAUCAGGUAUUUCAAGCUAAAGUUGGAUGAUCCAGCCCAGAUCACCAAGGAGGGAGAAUCGGCAAAAGACCUGACCAAGGUCUAUCUAUCAUGCCUCCAUGAGCAUUUCGUCAGCCUACUUGAGAAGAGACUAUCGUCGAGUGUGGUAAAAUCAACACCCAUGGACUUUGUCGUCACAGUCCCCGCUAUUUGGUCGCCAAAAGCAAAGCAAUCGACGGAGCAGGCCGCAGCCAUGGCAGGAUUUUGUGGUAAUCAGAGGAUCCAGCUCAUAUCAGAACCGGAGGCAGCCGCUUUGUACACCCUCAAGACCCUUAGCCCCUCUACAUUACAAGUAGGUCGAAAAUUUGUUGUUUGCGAUGCGGGAGGCGGCACCGUUGACUUGAUCUCUUAUCAAGUAACCAAAAUAGGCAGAGUUGAAGUAAAAGAAGUCACAGAGGGUACAGGCGGGAAGUGCGGUUCAUCCAUGCUGAAUAUGCGCUUUCGUCGGCAUCUGAAACAAACUCAUGGAGACAAGUACUGGACUGAUGAGAGACUCGUAAUAGCUUUGAGUGAGUUCGAGUCGUUUAAGAAGACCUUUUCUCCCAAGGGCGAACCUUUGACUCUCAAAGUCGAUCCCAGUCUUGGCCUACGACGGAACCGAUACACUAUGACACAAGACGAUAUGAAAAUCAAAAUUUUUGAGCCCAUCAUGAAGGAUGUUGUUUGUCUUAUCAAGGAACAGAUCAAGAUGGCGGGAGAUGGUGUCGCCGCUGUGAUCAUGGUUGGAGGAUUCGGGCAAAGUCGAUAUUUGAAGUCACGCGUACGUGAUGCAAUAUCUAGCCGAACCGAUGUUCUUCAACCAGAAAGUGGCUGGACUGCGGUGGUAAAAGGUGCCGCGAUGCAUGGGCUCAGUCGAUAUCAGCCCGCAGGCACCCGGGUGGAGGUUGCAUCUCGAAUUGCAAGACGAUCGUACGGUACAUGCUUGAUGACGAAAUACGAUAUGAUGAAACACAACCCCAGAGAAGCGUUCUGGUCGGAAAAGGAGCAAGAAACAGUUGUCUCAGAAAUGUGUUGGUUUAUUCAGAAGGGUGAGUCCUACCCAGAAGGCAAACCGUCGCGGAUAGAAUACCAAUGCGAUCUCCCGGUAAUGCUUGGCCACGUGCCACAAACCGAGAUCGAUAUUUACAGCAACAAUAAUGACGGAAAAGCUCCCGUCCAUCUCGACGAAACUACGCAGCACAUCGGAACGCUCUCACUUGACCUAAGAAAGAUCCCAGAAGCAGUCAAAAGAACCGCGAAGAUCAGACGAAUGGGUUGGCAUCGGUACUAUUGUUUGAAAGGGGCUAUCGAAGCCGUGUACGGGUCAGCGGAGAUCACGUACACAGUCAAACUUGGAGGAAUAACACAUGACAUGAUCAGUGUUCGCUAUGAACGUUGA